CUGAUUUUUAUUUUUUAUUUUAUUUUUGUCUGAAGAAUAAUAAUUGAAGAAGCAACGAAACUAAAAAUCCAAGCAGCAGUUUCUUCCGAUUUCCAUGUCUCCGAAAAGCACGUCUCCAUCUUCUUCCCCACGAUUUAUAGCCCUUCUUUUUCUCUUUUAACUUACUUUCUUCUGUUGAAUUUCAAAUGCAGCAUAAUCCUCCCUCAGAUUUCCUUUCAGGCGAGUUCUUUCUCUCGCUUGCUCUGUUGAAGAAAUUUGCUUCCGAUGCUGGGUUUUGUUGGAUUUUCUGUCUAGAUUUCCUCUUGUUGUGUUGUGAAUUCAAAUGAUACUAGCUCCAAUGUGCUUUUCGAUCUUGCGAUUUCCGAAAUUUGGAGUUCCUACUUUAGCUAAUCUUUGGAGGGAAAACUUCCAUCCUUUGAACAGGAAUUGUUAUCAUAGUUCUUGGCAUGAUCAACUUGGUUUUAGGAUCUAUAACCUUGAAGGAGGGCAGAACAAGAGAUGGAUCAGAAAAUCUAUGACCACCAAGGCAGGGAGGAAAGCAAAAGCCAACCCUAGCAGUAAACCAACCAAUAUCAGGAAUGAAAUCCUUGAGGAAUCGAUCUCAACAAGCUGUACAGUUAGCAUUAAUAAGUCUGAGAAAAGUGAAACUCAGAAGCUUCAAUAUUGUGAUAUUCAACAAUUAAUUAUUAAGAACAAGGAAUUAGCUCGCCCGGUGACGGUUAUAACCUUCGACAUUGAAACAACAGGUUUUAGUAGAAACCUCGAUAGAAUAGUGGAGAUUGCACUUCAAGAUCUUUCAGGAGGAGAAAAUAGCACCUUCCAAACAUUAAUAAAUCCAGAGUGCUAUAUUCCAAAUUCAGUUGUACAUGGCAUUACAAACCAUAUGGUCAGUAGACCCGAUGUUCCAAGGAUGAAGGAACUUAUUCCAAUUUUAUUACAAUUUGUCGAAAGCCGUCAGAAACAGAAACCUGAUGGUUAUGUAUUGUUGGUAGCUCAUAAUGCUCGUACCUUCGACGUGCCCUUCUUACUCAAGGAAUUCAGCCGUUGCUCCUUUGAUAUUCCUCCAAAUUGGCGAUUUUUCGAUAGUAUUCCCUUAGCCCGUCAAUUGAUGAAGUCCUCCGAUUCGAAGAUUACGAAAAUAUCGUUACAAGCUCUUCGUGAGUAUUAUGAUAUACAACUGGUGGGUUCAGCUCACCGAGCAAUGUCAGAUGUGAGGUCGUUGUCGUUGAUUCUUCAGAGGCUUACUUUCGAGCUCAAGCUAGGUAUCUCAGAUCUCAUUGAAAGAUCUUUCACUGCUUCAGAUCUAAUUAAUAAGAAGAAAAACUAGUCUCUUAAGUUAUGUGCACAAAUCAAUCUUAUUAACAUAGUGAUCAAGCCGUGCUUUUGUUGUAAUGUUAUUUACUAAUUGUUGUAACUUCAGUUCAUUCUUAUUAGCAAAAUGUUGGGCCAAUUUAUUUCUGGUCAGCAGAUUUGUCUUGAUGUCCAUAUUCUCCAAAAACUAGUGCCUGAAUUGAAAUGUCAUGACAUAUAGUUUCUUUUUUCUUU